CUCUAGCCGCGCUCGGACAGCGCGAUCUCGCUGCUCCCGCCUGACGUCAUCGGCGGGCGCCGCAGCGCGGUGGCGGGCACGCGCAGCCGGGAAGAUGUCUCCGACGCCGCCGCUCUUCAGUUUGCCCGAAGCGCGGACGCGGUUCACGAAGUCUACCAGAGAGGCCCUCAACAACAAAAAUAUCAAGCCAUUGUUGAAUACCUUCAGCCAAUUACCUGGCAGUGAAAAUGAAAAAAAAUGUACCCUUGACCAAGCUUUCAGAGGUGUUCUAGAAGAAGAAAUUAUAAAUCAUUCAUCAUGUGAAAACGUUUUAGCUAUUAUUUCUCUUGCUAUUGGGGGAGUAACUGAAGGUAUUUGUACCGCAUCUACACCUUUUGUAUUGUUGGGAGAUGUUUUGGAUUGUCUUCCUCUGGAUCAAUGUGACACAAUAUUCACUUUUGUGGAAAAAAAUGUUGCUACUUGGAAAUCAAAUACAUUCUAUUCUGCUGGGAAAAAUUAUUUACUACGUAUGUGCAAUGAUCUCCUAAGAAGAUUAUCAAAAUCCCAGAAUACAGUCUUCUGUGGACGAAUUCAACUCUUUUUGGCCAGGCUUUUCCCUUUAUCUGAGAAAUCAGGUCUUAACUUGCAGAGUCAAUUUAAUCUGGAAAAUGUCACUGUUUUCAAUACCAAUGAGCAGGAAAGCACCUUGGGUCAGAAGCACACUGAGGAUAGAGAAGAAGGAAUGGAUGUUGAAGAAGGUGAAAUGGGAGAUGAUGAAGCUCCAACAACUUGCUCCAUUCCAAUUGACUACAACCUGUAUCGAAAAUUCUGGUCACUUCAGGAUUACUUCAGGAACCCUGUGCAAUGCUAUGAGAAGAUUUCAUGGAAAACUUUUCUUAAGUAUUCUGAAGAAGUUCUAGCUGUUUUUAAAAGUUAUAAAUUAGAUGAUACUCAAGCCUCAAGGAAAAAAAUGGAAGAAUUAAAAACAGGAGGAGAACAUGUAUAUUUUGCAAAAUUUUUAACAAGUGAAAAGUUGAUGGAUUUGCAACUGAGCGACAGUAACUUUCGCCGACACAUCCUGUUGCAAUAUCUCAUUUUAUUCCAGUAUCUCAAGGGACAGGUCAAAUUCAAAAGUUCAAACUAUGUUUUAACUGAUGAGCAAUCACUCUGGAUUGAAGAUACUACAAAAUCAGUUUAUCAACUACUAUCUGAAAACCCCCCCGAUGGAGAAAGAUUUUCAAAGAUGGUAGAGCAUAUAUUAAACACUGAAGAAAACUGGAACUCAUGGAAAAAUGAAGGCUGCCCAAGUUUUGUGAAAGAAAGAACAUCAGACACCAAGCCAACAAGAGUAGCUCGAAAGAGAACGGCACCAGAGGACUUUCUAGGGAAAGGACCCAACAAAAAGAUUCUGAUGGGAAAUGAGGAGUUAACAAGGCUUUGGAAUCUCUGUCCUGAUAAUAUGGAAGCCUGCAAAUCAGAAACAAGGGAAUACAUGCCGACUUUGGAAGAAUUCUUUGAAGAAGCCAUUGAACAGGCAGACCCUGAAAACAUGGUUGAAAAUGAAUACAAAGCUGUGAACAAUUCAAAUUAUGGUUGGAGAGCCCUGAGACUAUUAGCACGAAGAAGCCCUCACUUCUUCCAGCCAACCAACCAGCAGUUUAAAAGUUUGCCAGAAUAUCUUGAAAACAUGGUAAUAAAGCUAGCAAAGGAAUUACCACCUCCUUCUGAAGAAAUAAAAACAGGUGAGGAUGAAGAUGAGGAAGAUAAUGAUGCUUUACUGAAGGAAAAUGAAAGCCCUGAUGUUCGGCGCGACAAACCUGUAACAGGGGAACAGAUAGAGGUGUUUGCCAGUAAACUGGGUGAGCAGUGGAAGAUCCUGGCUCCCUACUUGGAAAUGAAAGACUCAGAAAUUAGACAAAUUGAGUGUGACAGCGAAGACAUGAAGAUGAGAGCUAAGCAGCUUCUAGUUGCCUGGCAAGAUCAAGAGGGAGUACAUGCAACACCUGAGAAUCUGAUGAACGCACUAAAUAAGUCCGGAUUAAGUGACCUUGCAGAAAGUCUAACUAAUGACAAUGAGACAAAUAGUUAGCUUCUUUCUUUCUUUCCUUUUUUUUUUUUUUUUUUUUUUAUUAAAGCUGUGAUAAGAUUUUGUUACCAAGCAGCAUUUGAUAAAGAGGUCCAAUGGUUUUGGUAAACAAUAAACAUUUUUAUAACA